UCCAGACUACCUUACACAAUUACGCCCACAUUCUCUCCUUCCCUUCACAUUUUAUCUUUAAAAAUGGAAGCCGACUCCUUCAGGCGUGUUAACGGUUUAGCCAUCGACAACAAUACUAACCCCUUUCUCGACUACCCAAUGAAGUGCAAUGCCACCACUCCUACUCCCACCGCUGCCGCCGCCGCCACAACAACAACAACCACCACCACCACCACCACCACCAGUAGUAGUCUCAAGCGCACGCUCCAAGAUCACAACUCCAGUGGCACAAUGAGGUACCGCGGAGUCCGUCGCAGGCCUUGGGGCCGUUACGCCGCCGAGAUUCGAGACCCUCAGUCCAAAGAAAGAAGAUGGCUAGGUACUUUCGACACCGCUGAAGAAGCUGCACGUGCUUACGACUGCGCCGCACGCUCCAUGCGUGGCCUCAAAGCUCGCACCAAUUUCGUUUACCCUUCUUCCCCACCCGCCCCUCAUUCCUUGUCCUCCGAUGAUUAUCUAAUCCCUCGCUUCAAUUUCCCUAAACACUCUGUCCCCCGUCUCAACUCCUCCAAUUGGCCCAUUUUUUCCACUCCUAAUCCUAAUCGUGGGCCUGACUUCCUAUGGUCCGGAUCAGCACAGAGGAUUAACACCGCUUCUCCCACUCUCGACAUGCUUCUCCUUCGUGAUUUCCUCAAUUUCCCUUCUUCCAAUAAUAAUCAUUCCAAACCCCCAGCUUAUUCAAUUAAUACUACUACUACUACUACUAAUCAUAAUAAUAAUAAUGAUACCACUACCAAAAUAACUCCUCCUCCUCCUCCUUCUAAUUUCACCGAAAAUAAUUACUCCUCCGAAUUUCUCCCCAAGGACUCCCCUGAUUCCGGACUGUUGGAAGAGGUAAUUCACGGCUUCUUCCCAAAAUCCCAUGAUUCCAAUUCCAACACCAACUCCGAUCAAUCUGCCGAUGAUAAUAAUUAUUUCAAGAAUAACGAAAACAAGAACGCCAAUUUCAGUAGCGGUCAUUUGGAUUUAUUGGAUUACCAAUUGGCCGACAACUUCGUCAACACCACCGUCUUUAAUCAAGAAGCUCCUGACCGUCUGUUUGGCGACGAGGUUGCCCAUCAUCCUCACAAUUUGAUUCUCGAUGAUCUUCUCCAAUGCCCAGAGCUUUUAACCCCAUUUCCACCUAAACUCCAAAACGCUUGACCUCAUCUUUCAUCACCGAUAUUUUCUCCUCUCUCUAAUGCUGUCUACUCUUUCUUUUAUUUUCACUACUUACAACGUCUUUUCAUUUUCUUUCUUAUUUAUUUAUUUUAUCAUCAGUAUAACAAAAAGUAAAAAUCAAAAUAAUUUCUUCCAAUUACUCUUGUUCUACCAUCCAUAUACAUAUGUACUUAUCCUCCUUU